UGCAAGAAAAUAAAGUUCACAAACUUGCAAGGAAGUGUGGUGAAGUUCCUGAAAAUCUUCCUACUAUUCUUCAAAAUCCCGAAAUUGCUGCUCUUGUUUUAAAAUAUCUUAAAGGAGACGACGAAAUGCCGGCACUUGUAAUCGGUUGGAAUGACGCUGGAUUUAAUGAUACUGCCACUCCAAAUUUACAUAAUGGUGUUGCGGGACAAACCAAAGCAGCUAUAAUUGCAGAUUUGAUUGCAGGUGGUGCAAUUGAUUUUCAAAAUCAUAACAUUUUGUUUAUAUUUCGAAGUGAUAUCGCAUUUGGGAGUUGGGCCGAAAAUGUUGAAACAAACUUGCGUUGGUAUGGAACUAUUACUUAUAUUUUAGUUUCUUUAGCAUUGGCUCAAUUCUAUUAUUCUUUUUCAAAAAGGGCAAAAAAUCAAGCUGGCGUUCCCAAUGUCUAUAAUGCGGUUAUAAGAAUCAAUAAAGUGUCACCAAGUACAGGUGCUAAUUUUGGCAAAAUUGUUAUAGGAAUUAAUAGUGCAUCAUCUUAA